GAUCCGCCUCGCUUCUUCUCCUCUGACCAUGACGCGCCUCAGUGGCAGAAGCCUCUGGCUCUGGCUGUGUACAACCCCGUAACAUGGCAGGGAGUGGUAAAACCCUCGCUACAUACGUUCCUCCAGCAACGGAAGCACCUGAUGGUGCCCGUCAUCUUAAUUGCUCCUCAUGGCGACGAGUCCUGGCCGAGAGCAGCGUGGGGGUACCCCCUGGGGAAACACGCCGCGUGGCUGCGGAAGCAGUGGAGGGAGGGGACCAUCAGCCCCAACAAACGCGUCGAGCUGGACGCGAUGGGCUUCGCCUGGGACUUCUUGCAGUGCAAGUGGGACCGCUUCAUCCUGCCAUCGCUGCGGACGUUCUACGACUUGAACGGGCAUACGAACGUGCCCAUGAUGUUUCGCGUCCCGAGGAGUUCCGACUGGCCUGAGCACAUGUGGGACCAACCUUUGGGCAGCUAUGUGAGGGGCAUGCGCUAUGAUGGAGGCUUCGCAAAGCAGGUGAGAGCGGACCAGGUCGAGUUGGAGCGAUUAGAGUUUUCCUCAGGCUUGGCGCUGUCCGGUCGCAAGCGUCGCGAGAAACGGAUCUUGCCAGCUUUGGAGGCUUUUCGUCGACUAAAUGGGCAUUGCCGAGUGCCGCAAAGGUAUGCGGUGCCAUCGGAUAAAAACUGGCCCAGACUUUCGUGGGAUCUGAACCUUGGAUCUGUUGCCAGCAAAAUCCGUCAAGGCGCUUGGUUC